AUGUGGUUUUCACAAUGGGAUAUGGGAAGUGCAGUGUGGGAGGGAAAAGAAAAAAGUAAAAAAAGUUAUGAAAAUUCACCACACCGAUUUGUUGAAAAGUGGGAUACACCUAUUUUGUGUAUUCAUAGUGAAAAAGAUUAUCGAGUGGUAGUGAGUCAAGGGAUUGCAGCAUUCAAUGGGGCAAGAAUGCAAGGAGUUGCAGCAGAGUUAUUAUAUUUUCCAGAUGAAAAUCAUUGGGUUCUUAAGCCACAAAAUGGGAUGCUGUGGCAAAGAACAUUUUUUAGAUGGCUGAGACGAUGGCUAGAAUGA